UGUAGCAUUUUUUAUAAAUAUAAAAAAAUAAUUAUUGCUCUUCUAUUAAUUUAAUUUUCAUUGUUUCUUCCUCGUAUCAACGCUGUUUUUGUUGCUAUGGUUACAGUAGUCCAGUCGUGACUACUUUAGCCAAGAGAAUCGAGUUUUAAAGAAACUAUAGCCCUUUUGUGUUAGUUUUUGCUUCGUACGUAACGGCAAACAUAUGGAAAUCCGACCGAAGACAUAUUGGGUGCGUUAAAGUCGGAAAUAUCUACGGUAAAUUCAAUUUUAAGCUAACUUUUAGCAUUCGUCGUCAUGUGCGUAAUUCCCUUUAGAUCAAUUAAUAGUUAACCAAAGCCUAUAACAUCACCAUAUUCGUGUCUAUAAUGGAGAUGAGAAUUUUUUUUUAAUAACAAAAAAAAAACUAGAAUUAUUGCUAUCAUCGUUUUUGUGGGAACGAGGGGGAUAAUACUACCCAACUAAUGCGAAACAGAUAUUUCUGUGUUCUCGUUGCAGGUGAUUUGAGAGUGAAACGUAUACUGUUGGGCUAAUAUCGUCUUUAAAUUUCCCCCCGUUGGUUCCCUGUGAUUGCUGUGUUUCAUUAUGGACAUGGGAGAAAAGCUAAAGGAGCUCAACAUGACAGGGGAUGAAAUGAAGAGAUUGACAAAGGCGUUUAAAGAUGAGAAAUUCAGGGCGAUGCUCAAUGAUUACGCCCACGAGAUAGCAGAUCCAGAGAAUAGGAGGCUCUACGAGGAGGAGAUUGCUAUUCUGGAGCAGCAGAGGGGAAACAACAUUGAGUUCAUCCACCCCAAGCCUUUCAGGGCCCUGAGGACCAGUGUGAACCACAAGCAGAAGUGCUACAUCAACAUCUGCGCCAAUGACAAAGUUGGGAAGCCUGAGUGUAAGUGGGGGGUGUCCGAGGAUGGUCGCAGAGGGCAGUGCUGGUCAUUGCCUCACAAUCUGCAUCCAGGGAGGCAAGACACCGAUCCAAAAGGGAACAAAAUCAUGAUCUAUGAUGUUAUUUUCCACCCUGACACCCUCCACAUAGCAAACCAAAAGGCAGAAUUCAUGGAAAUGGUGAGCAGCACGGCCAUUCAGGGAAUCCAGGAUGCCUUUAAGGUGACGCUGGACAAAAACAACGUGAGGGAGAUGAACACAAAGUACAAGGGCAUGCCUCAGCCUUGUGUCAUCCGUAAACCCAUCCCUGGAUAUACAGCCAAGCCUCCUGAAGAUCACCCACUCGCCUUCCCUUACCCAGAUGAAAAAAAUAAUAAUAUCAGCCCUGAUUCCAGACCCAAGAGCUUCAAAAUCAAGAACGAAAAAACCAAAAUACCCACUGAGCCAAGCUAUACUGUGAAAUACCGAUCAUUCAUUGACCUGCAGGACUUCAGAUGCUCCAGAGACUCCGGAAAGAGCCCCAGGCCCAAAGAGAUUGUCGUCACUAUCGACGUACCGCUGCUGAAGUCAGUAGCAGAUGCCAGCCUGGAAGUGAAGGAGAAAACUCUGCUGCUGGAGUCCGAGACACCCGCCUACAGGCUGGAGAUGCUUCUGUCCUACCCAGUGGACGAGCAGAGAGGAGACGCCAAGUUCAGCAAGCAGAGGGGCCAACUGACAGUCACGCUACCCGUCCUUCCCUCCAAUGAGGCGAUGGAGCUCUGUUGGAGUAAUGAGGGGAUGGAAGGUGGCACAGAGGAGCAGGAGAUGGAAGCUGAAAAAGGUCAAGUGCUGGAAGAGGAGGUGAUAAAAGGCAGGGAUGGCGUUGAAGGUGAGAAGCCUGUGAUGGGUGAUCAGAAAGAAGAUAUUGGUGAGGAGAAGCAGUUGAAGGAGAAGGGAACAUAUAAAGAACUAGAGGAGGAACAAGGAGUUGAGGAAAAGAGAAGAGAGGACAAACAGGAAAAUGGAGAACAGAAUGUACUUUACACUAAAGGAAGUCUGGUCAACCUCCAUGAAAAUAAAAGCAAGAAUCCAAUGAGAAAAGAAGACGCACUACAGAGAAUUGAUUUCAAUCAAGAAAACCCAGCAAGUCUUGAUCUGCUCCAGAUUACGCCUGUUCUCACCACUGAACCUUCUAGUGUUGUAGAAGAUGCACAUGUGAACUCGUAUUCAGACUCGAGCCACCAAGUGAAGGACGCCGAUACGCAAGAAGCAGCAAAGGCAGGAGAGAAGAUGAAGAAAGAUCAGGGUGAGGAACCUGAGAUAGGUGAUCAGGAAAAAGUAGAAAUUAGUGAGGAAGAGCAGCUGACAGUGAAGGUAACAUGCGAAGAACUUGUUGUGGAGGAACACAUCGUUGAAGAAAAGAGGAGGGAGGUGGAGGAGGACAUACAGGAAGCUGGAGAACAUGAUGUACUUCACAUUAAAGAAAGUCAGGUCAAAUUCAAUGAAAAUGAAAAUAUAGAUCCUGUGAGGGAAGAGGAGCAGUUGACAGGGAAAAGAACAUGCAAAGAACAUGUGGCGGAAGAACAAGGAGUUGGAGAAAAGAGAGGGGAGGAGAUGGAGGAGGAGGACACACAGGAAACUGGAGAACAGGAUGCACUGUGCAUUCAAGAAAAUAAAAGAAAGGAUCAAGUGAGGGAAGAAGAUGCUCCACAGAGAAUGGACUCCAAUAAAGAAAAGCCAGCAUGUGUUGAUCUGCUGCAAAUUUCACCUGCGCGGGAAGAUCCACAUGUGGAUGCAUAUUUAGACUCAAGCGCCCAAGUGAAGAACGCUCGUAUGAAAGAAGCUGCGCAGACGGAAGAGAAGGAUGUUAAGAUGGAAAUAGAUACAUUGCAGGAGGAUGAACUAUCUGGUGAAGCUCCUCAUACAGAAACAAGCUUGAAAAACAUCAACGCAACAAGUGAGACACAAGAGGAAGCUUCUUACACGGAAGGAGAUGACAAAGUGAGCCACAUACCUGAGGAAAGCACCCCUCUCUCAACUAAGGAUGAUGUGAGGAUGGAGGAAGAGGAGGAGGACCUGCCAGAAAAGCGGAACAUGCAAAAACCGGAACCAGACAAGAAGCCGCCGCCCGUUUUACUCAGGGAAAUCGACGAAGAUGGAAAUGUGACGGUGUUCAGCGAUCACGCCACAUCAGCGGGAUUCCUCUUCCAGAACUCCCUCAUGUACGAACUUGACUGAGACUGUAGAGUUGUUUGUUUAAUGAAUACCUGUCUGACUGUCAAUUCAACACAGUUGAAAUUGUUGUACACUUUUCCGCUGUUGUAUCGCAGUUCGUCAUUCGCACUCCGGCUACAUCGCAGAUUUUUUAAUACUACUUAUGAACAUUCACCUUACGAAAAUUUUGGGCAUGCAAACACUUCUGUGUUAGUUAGUAAACUUUUUUGUUUUGUUUUAAUAUUUCUGCAAGUUUCAAUUAAGAGUUGCGCACCCUCAGUGUCGUGCCACAUUGUGCCGCCACAUGCCGGUCAGUAGACAAGUCUACUGGAAGAGGUGAAGGUUCAUUAAAGAGCAAGAGGCAGAGAAGGUCCCCACCUAUCCUUCAUUAAUAUAGAAUAUGUUUUUGAGUAUUGUUGUAUGCUCUGUUUGUAUGUAUUGCUGCUCCAUGUGUGUUAAAGUGGCAGUUGUUCAAAGCUUUUUAAUUACCAUAACAUCUAUGCUCAUUUCUGUUAGCCAUUUCUAUAGCAUUUCACAUCAUAUGUCAGCGUUAAACUAGUGGACUUCAUUAGGUGAAAUAAUAUGGUUGGAUUGAAUAUUUUGGUGUUUUAAUAUAAAAUGUUUCUCUUUUGUCUUACAGUGGAUACAAAGUCUACACAUCUCUUUUCAAAUGCCGGGUUUCUGUGAUUGAAAAAAAAAUUAGACCAAGAUAAAUAAUUGCAAAACUUUUCCCACCUUCCAUAGAAACGGGCUUCUGCCAAAUAAAUAUUAUAAGAAAUAUAUAUAUAUCAU